GGUGCGUUUGACCACUGGAAUCUUUGUACUUAGUUUUAUCGUAAAAAUCUGAAAAAUCUAAGUUAAGUGCAAGUGCAAAUCAUUUUAUCCACAUAAGAAAACCUAGUUUUAAACUACUGAAAGUGAUAUUAAGAGAAAAACCCAGGCAGUAGAUCGCGAGUAGAACUCAACCUCAAAUACAGUUGGCGCAACCGGAAAUGUGAACAGGAUACCCAAUAAUCAAUCCGAAGACUGUGCUCAGUUAAAAAAUCAACAGUUGCACCUGAAACAAUUUGUCGUUUGAUAAAAAUCGAAACAGAUCAAAACGAACGUCGUGAACUUCCUAAAUUAGCUGUUCAGGGGUAUUUCGAUUUUGAUAAACCAAUAAGGGGUGGAAGGAAAGCAAUCAGUUUCGCUGACAGUGAGAUAUUGAAAGGUGUUUCCAUUGCUGGAAUAAAAAUCAAGAAAAGGAAGACGGAAAACGACAAAUUAGAGUUUGUGCGUCAUCGUUAUCAAAAUCGUAGUGAAGAAGUUAAGGCAUUGUCCAAGAAGAGCCAAAUUUCAAUCAGCUCAUCUAACAGCUCGGGCGAAAAAGGUCAGUGGUCAGGCGUCAGAAAAACCACGAAUGGCGGUAUCGUUGCUGACGAGCCUUUGCAAUAGUGGAUUAGAGCAGCUCUGCCAGACACCGGAGCCGUUGAAGUUCUACUAUCACUACAGCGACGCCGGGCAAGCCGUCACAGAUUUUGGUCGACGCUGUCUGAGUAACGACAAGGAAGAACAAAUGGAAUACGGCAACUCGUUCUACAACAAUCAACAGCAUCAUCAACAGCAGCAGCAAACUUCGCAGCAACUAAUUCAACACCCACCACAUCAACAAUCGAAUCAACAGGAUUUCGAAGAGAUUUCGCAAAACUACAACCUUGAUAACGACGACAACUACAGUGAAUCGCCCAACAAUUUCCAAGACUAUCGGAAUAACUUUGUAGAUUCACCACCGGAUUCUAAGGAAGCUUGGCCGGUCGAGUACAGCAAAAUGUCUUCGGGUUUGGGUUCCGGUAGCGGACCUGCAAACACCUCUGCAACAACGGCAGUGGCGGCUGUAGCGGCAGCGGCAGCUGCAGCUGCUGUCGCUGCUCAACAACACCAGCAACAGCAACAGCAGCAGCAUCCACAGCAACAAGAAAGCAACUUCAGCAUCGUAAUGCCGAACCGCAAACGACGCCUGGAGUGGAUGUCCGCACAGCAAGAUGAAGAUAACGAAGGUUCUUCAGAGCCGAAGAUUAACAGCGCUGACAAAGAUCGCGAUAUCAGACGCAAAGGUACCAUGCGCUGGCCCGAGGAACUGGACCUCGACUUGAGCAACGAAUUAUCUAGCAAUGGAUACAUCAGCAGCGAUUCUUUGCUCAAUUUUCCGGUAUUUAAGCAAGAACUACCAUCCCCGCCGCAAAAACUUGGCCAUGAAGUGAUCAAGAGCGUGAAAACCGCGAAUGGAUCAGGUUCGCUUCAACAACAGCAACAUUCACAACAACAUCACCAUCACCACCAUCAUCAUCACCAGGUACAAAAUCAGGAGCAACAGCAUCACGGCUCCCCCAGCACUCAGCAACAGCAAUCUUUGGGAAAUAAUAACGUCAACGGAACGACAUCUAACGGAGGAGGCGGAGGUGUCCAGCAGCAACAGCAACAGUCUUCGGUUGGCAAUGAUCACUCGCUAGGUGGUGGUUCGAUGGCUCCAAGCGCCAUGAAUAACGUAGGCGGUUUGCAAAGUUUUAUGCAUGCCAGUCGCUACGAUAGUACAGGCAACAUCAAUCAGCUUAGUGAAAGCAUACAACGCUCCGACAUAGUUCACGAUGAUAACAGAUUUCAAUACGUUCUCGCCGCAGCGACAUCGAUCGCUACCAAAAACAACGAAGAAUCUCUAACAUACCUUAACCAGGGUCAGAGUUACGAAAUCAAGCUGAAAAAGUUGGGGGAUCUAUCGCCGUUCCGGGGGAAAAUACUGAAAAGCGUCCUCAAGAUCUGUUUCCACGAGCGGCGACUGCAGUACAUGGAGCGCGAGCAGAUGCAGCUGUGGCAAGCAUCACGCCCAGGCGAACGUAUUUUAGAUGUCGAUAUUCCACUUUCUUACGGAUUGAUUCAGGUGCAACCGAACAGCAGCAGUCUUCUGAACACGAUGGAGAUUUAUUGGGAUCCAAUGAAGGAGGUUGGGGUUUACGUCAAGAUUAACUGCAUUUCGACUGAGUUCACGCCAAAGAAACAUGGCGGUGAAAAGGGAGUUCCGUUCCGCAUUCAGGUGGAAACCUAUUUGGACAGUACGCUGAACGACACCGGCAACAAUCCGACCCCGAUCGAGGGCACAGCACGGCCUCUGCACGCGGCUGCCUGUCAAAUUAAGGUGUUCAAACUGAAGGGAGCCGACCGGAAGCACAAGCAGGAUCGGGAGAAGGUUCUUAAGCGGCCACCUGCCGAGCAGGACAAGUAUCAGCGUAGCUGUGACUGUACGAUCCUGACGGAUAUUACAACGGAAUCUAUGCUGACUCCACUGGUUGGAAGUUACAGCCCUGAACACAUCAAGCGGAACAUUUCGCCGCUUCUAGGGUCACCCGCUUCACCGGUUCACAUGAAUAAAUUUGAAAACAUUAUGACCUCAUUCUGCAACGGGGGGUCACCUUCGGCUGCGGUGGUAAAUGCGGCCAGUAAGACGGCAGCCAUGGCCGCUGCGGUGGCGGUUGCCGCCAGCAGCAACCCGAUCGGCAAUAGCAACGUGUCCUCGACCAACGGGCUCUGCACCAAUACCAAUAACAGCAAGCUGAUGGAUCAGAACGUCCUUUCGCCGACACAGGGAAGCGUCGAGAUGGACGACUACGUGCCCACGAUCACGAAGGACUCGGGACCGGCCACCCUGACGCAGUGGCUCAACUACCAUCGACUGAGUGCGUACUCGAAAACGUUUUCUCAGUUUUCGGGUUCGGAUCUUUUGAGAAUGUCCAAAGAUGACUUGUGCAAGAUUUGUGGAUUAGCAGACGGCAUUCGCAUGUUCAACAUACUUCAUUCAAAGGCCAUAACACCUCGUCUGACCAUUUACGUGUGCUACGAGGGCAAUCUUUAUCACGCUAUAUAUUUGCAUGCCAACACCAUAUCGGAGCUGACGCAAAGUUUGCAAAGAAUUCCCGGUUUCGUGGAUGCCUUGCAAGGCCUCAACUCGUCCGACAUCGGAAACCCUUGGGUUCAGCGAUCACUCAAAGCUACCAUCAAUGGGCUGGGAUCCAGCGGAAGUAAAUAUCAGAAUGUGACCACAAGCGAUGUCCACACGUCACUUCCAUCGCCCUCGUCACCGAUUUCGUCAUCUUCCGCUGCACCGAGAUUCAACCUGCUGGUCAACGGACCCAAUGGGGUUCACGUUUUGCUGACCGAGGACGUUCUGAACAACAUCAAGGACGAAAGUUUGUUCCAGCUUGAGAUAAAACCGAGCGGAAACGUUCUCAUGAAGGCGGUUGCGGCCUCUGGCAGUGUGACCAAUCCCGGAAACGCGGGAGACAACGAUAUGAACUAGGCUUGCAAGCUUGCGUUGAUGUUUACUACGGUAUCCCUAGUAAUGCUCAUCCGUACUCUCUUGCAGAUAACAUUCAAACUGUAUUGUUUAAUUGUUUGUUGAAAUUACACUGUUUAAAUUUAUGAUUUCAAUCGUUUUUCUUUGUUUUUUUUGAUAAUUUUGAAGUAAUGUUUCAAACUUAUCAAACUCUCUUGUCUUAAGAAUACAGGCUUACGGUGAGUUUAAAUUAACUCAUUUACUCAUAGUUGAGCUAGAGCGGAAUCUAUAGCCACAUUUGCCUUACUUUACCAUUGAUAUAUUGUAUAAAUUUUCAUUAUCUACGAAAGAUUAAAAUACUCAGUGACAAAACUCAAUUUGAAGAUUUGCGCAGUGUAUAGAUGACUUAUUUUCAAUUCAGAUUGAUCUUGCUCAUAAUUGCCUUUAUGUCAGUGUUCAAAGCCAUUUUUUUCUCGAACUUGUAAUAAUUUGACGACGUUAAAACCAACAAGGCCCAACAAUGCGCAUCAAUAAGAAAUUAUUCUUCUAUCUAAUUUCGGCUUACUUAGAAGAUUGAAACAUUACUUCUACUUACUCCAUAAUAUUACAAAUGAAUAAUAAAUUUGUGUUCGAAAAUUUCAUCCUUCUGUUUAGGAAAUCUUACUUUUUAAUUUAUAAAUCAUAGAAUCAACUAUUUUACAAUCAACAAACGAGUGACCUAAACAGCUUCAAAUCAGUGCGACCUGUCUCGUGAUCAGUAAUCAAUCAGGGUGCAAACAAGAAAAAAGGGUGGCAUUUAUCCGUGCAAGUAGAGGACGUAAAUAUUUUUUAUCACUUUUAAACCACGUACACGUGUAUUAAAGAUAAACUUAUGUUAACAAUAGAGAGAUUUCCACAAGUACAAACUUAUAGCGAACUUUUUCAGAGAAAAAAAAAAUAAAAUAAAAGAAAACAUUUUUAAAUGAGUGAAACAUACACAGGCGUGCCUUAUGAUUUGAUCCUGAUCGAACUAACUCAGAAAAGAAAAAAAACACACAAGCAUCACGAUGUUAUCAAAAAUAGUGGCCUUAACGAGUUUUUUUAACGAAUAAAAAAAAUGCAAACCGGUGAUGAAAAAAUGAAAUAUGGUACUACACGUGAUACUAGAACGCACGAUAUUUUUGCAAGUUUGUAUUAGGAUGUUUUAUAAACAGAAGAGUAGAAUAUAAACAUGUUAUUACGUAAUAAAACAAAAAAGGGAAACCGAA